AUGACAUCUGGAACAGGCCCUGGAGGCCAACAAGUCAAAACAGAAGCAAGCUCGAUCCCAAUGAUCAAGACUGACCCGGAUGCUAAACCUGAGCUCGCAGGUGCUAUAUCCGACGAUGACAUCUACGAAGAUACGGGAGAUUUGGACUUUUCCAAUGCUAUGCAAGAUGUCUGGCUGACGCGUAUACCGAAAAUGCUUUGGGAGAAUUGGUCAAGGUUGGAAGAUGACGAGGAGGUACAGAUUGGCACAAUUAGGGUAGAAGGCGGGCCAACGGACAUAAAACGAGUUAGCAUGCGGUUAAACGAUAUGCCCCAGAUGAAGGGCGUUCCAAGGGAUUACAACCUGCGGCGACAAAAUGUUAAUGCGGAUAAGACGGCAUUCCCCGUGCACAAUACAUUUGUUUUCACCGAAAAGGAUCUACCGGGGCAUCGAGAUAGGUCUCACAUUCUGUUCAAUGAGGCCCAGCCUCAUGGCCGUUCAUAUCUUUACGAACAGACAAAGCGCGAUUCGAGAAAACGAAACCCACGCAAGAAGUGGGAGCCUUAUACGCGGAAGACCAUACCAAAACAAACGGCAAUUGUUGGUGUCGUACGUGAUGAGUUUAAUUGCCUUCCGGUAGAAAACGAGCAAUACCAGCGCAUGGCAGAAGCCAGAGCACUCGACUUCCUCAAGCCCAAACGCGAAACAUUAUAUAUCGGUAAAGUUAGCGGUGAGAUGCUCAAGCCCAAAACCGUUGCAGCUGCCGAUAAAUCUACUUUCAUACAAGUUGCAAAACCUCCAAAGGCACGCGCUCAAGAAAACAAAACCGCCCGUAUGCCACAAAACGAGCUGCUGGAUCUUAUAUAUGGCUGUUUCCGGCGACACAAGUACUGGCCAUUUAAGUCUCUCAAAGCAGAACUGAAACAACCAGAAUCGUACCUCAAACAAACCUUGGAGAUGGUGGCUCAUCUUGUCAAAAGCGGGGAUUUCGCUAUGACUUGGGAACUCAAACCAGAGGCCAGGGAAAGCAACUAUGCUGAUGCUUUGGCCUACAAAGACGCUAAGGAGGAACUCCCCCCCACCUCCGGCUACAAUUUCGACUCGGACGGAGAACCGACCGCGUCAGGGAUUGGUACGGAUGCGGACGAGGACGAGUCCAACGUUGCGUUCGAAAAUGUAGUAUAG